AGUGAUCACGUGCCAUCUACUACGAUCCGCUGAAGUUGGAGAAAAGUUUGACAAGCCCAAGAUCCCCGAGAAACAAGAGAGCUGCCAAACUAAAGACCCAGCAAAGGAGAAACAUCAUCGAUACUAUCGGCUCUUUAUUUCCGGACACACGAUGGAAUCCGUCGCCCAGAAAGUCAUGUCUUCCGGAUUCACUCUUGAUUUUGGACCUCUGAAAGAGCCGCUGGCUUUCAUACGUGUGCUGGAGUGGGUGUUCUCCAUAUUUGCCUUUGCUACGACCGGAGGUUACAGCGGCACAACCAGCAUCAACGUCCAAUGCCAAGGGAGUACCAACCAAGAAAUACAUGCAGAGUUUAACUACCCAUUCAGGUUGAUGCAGCAUCCUUAUUACGUUCUUGAUUGCAGUACCAAUAAAACAUCUAUGUUCUUCCUGACUGGAGACCACACAUCCUCAGCACAGUUUUACGUCUGCAUCGGAGUGUUGGCCUUCCUCUACAGCACUGCCACACUAGUCCUCUACUUGGGCUACCAGCACGUAUACAGAGAAUCUAGUCGUGGCCCCACUUUGGACCUGCUGGUGACUGCAGCCUUGGCCUUCAUGUGGCUUGCAUCAUCCUCUGCUUGGGCUAAAGGCUUGUCUGAUGUGAAGUGGGCCACCAGUCCUACAACCGUUACGUCUCAGCUUAAUUUUUGCGCGGCUGUCAAUAAGUGCAGCCCAGGUGCCACACCUCAUAUGGGCCGACUAAACGCCUCUGUGAUUUUUGGGUUUCUUAAUCUCAUCCUGUGGGGCGGGAACUGCUGGUUCAUUUACAAGGAAACACCUUUCCACAAAUCAGCCAAUCAGCCUGCAGAUGUGGAGGGGGUUGUCAGGCCAUCGUAACCACACAGCUUCCUCGUUUCACAAUUUUCUAACAUGUAGUGUUAUUAAAUGAGUCAUUUGUACUAAUUGUUAAAAAAAUACUGCAGAUUACAAGAUACACAUAUUCAGAACAGACUGAUCCUUUUUUGCUACGUAUUAAUUUUAUAUUUAGGAUUUGAACUUUUUGUAGUUAAAUCAAUACAGGAAAUUUUUGCAGUCAAAUGUUUUUCAAAUAGAUGCUUGUUUUUCCUGUUUUAAAGGUUCUGUUGUAACUUAAAGAAAAUUCUUAUCAUUACUGAACCCUCUCUGUGAGGGCAUUAAGUAAACUGCAGUCAGCCUCCUGUUACUCACACUUCCAUGAGCACGAGACUAACACUGAUUGACCAUCAUCAUGUUGACGGAAGCCUGUAAGAUAAUUUCAGUCACACAUAGAAUAAUGUCACUAUCUGCAAUCUUUCCAUAUUUCAUUUGGACCAUUGGUUCCAUGAUACUAAGUGGCUUUUGCAGUUUACAUUACCAGCUCAUGUUACAAGUAACCAUGUAGAAUAGCUAACAUUAGCUGGCUAACAUUAGCUCAGGCUGUGGAUAACUCAUUGGCUGCUGCUGCAUCACUUUUGGCUAGUAGAAACCACUUUGUACCGUUAUAUCAUUUAUUGUUGGCUAAAUAAGCACCAGUUGUCAUAUUACAUAAGUUGGUAUUGUGGAUCACGUUAGCUGGGGAGGUAAUUUGGCAAGCUAGCCAACCAACAGAUCCACCCAGAUCGUAUUUUGCUAGUAAUAAUGUUAGCGAUCAAGCAAGCUAAGGUAGCCAGCUAGCCGUAAGCCCAAGUAAGCUGCGCUUUAUUGAUCCGGUGUAAGUUGCUGUGUGUAACUUAGCUGAUAAAAGUCAUUUGCAAAUAGUAGGGUUUCAUAUAAAACAAUUAUACCCAGGUAUCGAUAACAAAGUGUCCCUUAUAUCUCAGAUGGUACUGAAGAUUCAGCCAUUACUUUUGGCUAGUAGAAAGCACUUUGUACCAUUAUAUGAUUUAAUGAUGGCUAAAUUAGCACCAGUUGUCAUAAGACACAAGUCGGUAUCAUGCAUCAUGUUAGCUGGGGAGGUAAUUUGGUAAGCUAGCCAACCAACAAAUCCACUUUUGCUAGGGAUAACAUUAGCGAGUAAGCAAGCUAAGGUAGCCAGCUAGCUGCCAAAGUAAGCUGCAUUGUAUUGAUCUAGUGUUGGUUGCUGUGUGUAACCUUAGCUGAUAAAAAGUCAUUGCAAAUAGUAGGGUUUCAUAUAAAACAAUUAUUGGUUAAAAAAAAAAAAAAAAAAAAAAGUUACAUAGGCCUACAGAACCUUUAACAUAUUUAUACCCAGGUAUCAAAAACAAAGUGUCCGUUAUAUCUCAGAUGGUACGGCAGAUGUGGACUGCAACCUUCCAGUUGUCAACAGCCUGUCAUUUCAGCCAUCAGCUUUAUCUUAAAAAACAAAAACAAACAAAAAAAAAACUCAGGGCUGAUAAAUAUUAAAUACUUGAAGUGCAUUUAUUAUUUACACGAGUCUAGAGAAAAUCCUGUUUCUGUCAUCCUAAAACAUGUAAUAGGCAUCACUAUAUGUAGUUACAAUGAAGUAAUGUUAAAAUAGUUGAAUCCAGUUGCCAUGAUGAGAUUAUUUGUGAAAGGGUGAAAGUAAUUUUAUUUCAUUUUUUUGUGUGUGUUAUGUUGCACCUCAUCAUUUCACUAUAUAAAUGAAAUGUUUUAGCCCAACAUCUGAAUGGUAUGUUGAAUGUAGGGGAUGUAUGUGGAGCACGUUCGCUCUUUAUGAAUUUUACCUUUAAAAAUUAUGAGUUAUUAGGCAGAAUUUCCAAUCUUUUUCCUAGAUGUUUAGAUUUCUAAAUAAAUAAAAUACCCCAGCAAGAUACUACAGUAUUUCAAAGCCAAUGUAUUACUAAUUGUACAGCCUUAGCUAGUGGUGAGUAAAAAUCGACUGAUUUCUAGCCUGUAACUAAUUAACACUUUUUCUUGUGUUUGCCUGGCUUCUACCUCUAUUUUGUUAUAAAACGAGCUCUUUUCUUUAUUACUGCCAUUGUGAUGAUUUCCCACUUUGAUAAAGCCUUGCUUGAUUCAGUUACUAGUUUAAUCCACCACUGCGUUGAUAAAAGUGUCACAUGAAUGAGACUGAAGUUUCUGUUGCAGUCCAGGAAGAUACUGCAUGGUCAUGAAAUGCUGUGCAUCAUUAAAAGGAAGAACUGGA